AUGACUAACUGGAAUGACUUGGCUGAAAAAUUCUUGAGGAAGUACAUUCCUCCAACAAGAAAUGCAAAGUUUCGAAGUGAGAUCAUGUCCUUUCAACAAUUGGAAGAUAUGACUACUAGUGAUGCAUGGGAAAGAUUCAAGGAGUUGUUGAGGAAGUGCCCGCACCAUGGUAUUCCUCAUUGUAUCCAACUUGAGACAUUUUACAAUGGUCUCAAUUGGGCAUCUAGGAUGGUGUUGGACGCUUCAGCUAAUGGAGCCAUUCUUUCCAAGUCUUACAAUGAAGCUUUUGAGAUUUUGGAAAGGAUAGCUAGCAACAACUAUCAAUGGUCAACUAAUAGAGCUCCUACAAGUCGAAAAGUAGCGGGUGUUCUUGAAGUAGAUGCUUUGACCGCUCUAACCGCUCAAAUGGCCUCAAUGACCAACAUUUUGAAGAACAUGAAUAUGGGAGGAAGUGUACAACCAGCCGCUGCCAUUCAAAGGGCAGAAAUUUCUUCUUCGGUUUGCUAUGUGGGUAAUCAAAAUUUCAACCGCAACAACAAUCCAUACUCAAACUCCUACAAUCCGGCAUGGAAGCAUCAUCCCAAUUUUUCAUGGGGAGGUCAAGGAGCAAGUUCAAGUGGAGCACAAGCACAAGGAAAACAAUCAUUUCCACCUGGAUUUUCUCAACAACCAAGACCUCAACAACCACACCAACCUCAAGGCUCUCAAACUAGUUCUUUGGAGAGCUUAAUGAGAGAUUAUAUGGCCAAGAAUGACGAUGUAAUUCAAAGCCAGGCAGCAUCUCUUCAGAAUCUUGAAAUUCAAUUGGGACAAUUGGCCAAUGAUUUGAAGAAUAGACCACUAAGAGAUGGCGAAGAACAUUGCAAAGCGGUAACCUUGAGAAGUGGAAAAAUUCUUGAGUCAAAUGUGGCUGCAACAUGCACAUCAGGUCAGCAUUCUGCUGCAGAAAAGUCUUUGCAAAAGCGACCUCCACCGUUUCCUCAACGAUUCAAGAAACAGCAAGACGAUGGUCAAUUCCGGAGAUUUCUUGAUGUUUUAAAGCAGCUCCACAUCAAUAUAUCAUUAGUGGAAGCUUUGGAGCAAAUGCCAACCUAUGUGAAGUUUUUAAAGUUCAUUUUGACAAAGAAAAGGAGGCUUGGUGAGUUUGAAACUGUCACUUUAACAGAGGGUUGUAGUGCUAUGUUGAAAAGUAAAAUGCCACCCAAAUUGAAAGAUCCGGGCAGCUUUACAAUUCCAAUUUCUAUUGGGGGUCGAGAUGUUUGA